GGGUUAAAGCAAGGCACAUGAAACAUUUGGAAACUUGGAUCGCUCAAUGAUUUAGUGCCUUCUCAAACAAAGUGAAACUAAGGGGAAUAUAAAUACAAAGCCACUGGAGGAGGUGCUCUUAUUUCGAUAGCAUGGCAGCGGAUCACAGCGAGCUGCUGGCCGAGAUGGCGACAGUCGGGCGUCUGAGCGCCACAGAGCGGCUGAAGCACGCUCAGAAGCGCCGGGCGCAGCAGCUGAAGGCCUGGGCGCAGAGUGAGAAGGAUGCGGCUCGAGGGUCCAGGGCCAAAGCUGAUAAGAAAAAGCCACGCACUUCCAAAGUGACAUUCCCCAACUCCAUCACCCUGCUGGACGCAGCUGCCCGCAAUGACGUGGAGGAGGUGAGGCAGCUGCUCAACAGUGGUGUCAGCCCAGAUCUAGUCAACGAGGAUGGACUGACGGCCCUGCAUCAGUGCUGCAUCGAUGACUUUAUGGAGAUUGUGCAGUGCCUGCUUGAUGCCGGUGCCUCUGCGAACGCCUGUGACAGUGAGCUGUGGACACCGCUGCAUGCUGCUGCCACCUGUGGACACACUGGACUGGUGCAGCUCCUGAUUCAAGCUGGGGCUGACCUGCUGGCUGUAAAUGCAGACUGUAACAUGCCCUAUGACCUCUGUGAGGAUGAGGCCACCCUGGAGCUGCUGGAGAUGGCUAUGGCUGAACAGGGGAUAACUCAGGACCGUAUAGAUGAAUGCAGGGGAGCUAAAGAGACCGCAAUGCUGGCUGACGUUCAGGCUCUGAUCCAGAGUGGGAGCGACUUAAACGCACAGGACAGUAAUGGAGCUACGCUGCUCCAUAUUGCCUCUGCCAAUGGAUACCUGUCUGUAGCAGAGCUGUUACUAGAGAACAGAGCUCAGGUUGAGGCGAAGGACUCUGAUGGAUGGACGCCGCUACAUGCUGCCUCCUGCUGGGGACAGGUUCAAAUGGUUGAACUGCUGGUGGGCCACGGAGCCAGUCUGAACUCAAAGUCUGUUUUGGAGGAGACACCUCUAGAUGUGUGCAUGGACGAGGAGGUCAGAGCCAAACUGUUGGACUUGAAGCACAAACAUGACGCCAUCAUGAAGAGCCAGGACCGGCAGAAGGGCACGCUGCAGAGACGAGCGUCCAGUACCGGGAGCAGAGGCAAGGUGGUGCGUCGCGUCAGUGUCAAUGAGCGCUCCAGCCUGUACCGCCGCGAGCACCACAAAGAGGCCAUGGUGUGGCAGGAGCGAGGCCGGCAGCCUGAGCCGCAGGACGAUGACGAGGACAGACAGACUGACAAUGAGCUGCACCAGCACGCCACUAUGGUUGCUGGUGGUACAGCGGCGUCUCGUUUAGAGGAACUGGAGGCUGCAGACAGAACAAUAGUGUCCAGCCUCGAGAACGGCGAGACCUCGGUGUCCCUGGCGUCCUCCGUACCCGGCGAGCAGUGGAGUGGCGGGGGUCGCAUGGAGCGCAGCGCUUCCUACCAGCUCAGCCCCGCAGCGGGAUCCGAGGGGGAGGGGGCCGACAGCAUGACUCGGGAGAAGUCACACCACACCCUGGCUGACCUGAAACGCCAGCGAGCAGCAGCGAAGCUCAAUAAAUACCCUGCACCUGCGCCACCGCUGCCCGCUCCUUUAGAGGAGGAGCCCUCCGUCGCCGUCGCGGCCGCCGAGGACACGGCCGCUCCGCCUGAGCCGGAGAUCCAAACCACGUCCGCCGUGGAGCAGGCGGUCGCCCCCAGCCAGGUGUACUUCACGCCAGCCAGCGGAGAUCCUCCACUGCUGAAAUUCCGAGAGCCUGAAGAGGAGCAGUCCAACAAUAAGGAGCCUUGCUGCGGACUCAUGUAGACGACCUAUCAGACUCGCACAACCCUGCUGCCUGCAGAAAGCACAAACUGGACGAGUUGCAUCCCAAAGUGGCAAACGCCUUUCAAAACACACAAGCAAACAUCACGAAGACAGUGAGUUAAGGCCACAUCAUGCCAAUUCUGGUUUGAUCUGCACUGUAGUUCAUAUGAACUGAAGCACAAACUGUGUGCUGGUUUCCUCUCCGCUUAUCUCUUUAUUUCCAGA